GCAAUUGGACCCUAAACGAAUAUUGCGCAGUUCGCACAUUUCUCUGUAGGAGUCGCUAUAGAACGGACACAUUUCAAUGUUUUAUAAAUACAAGAUUAUUAGUUUCAAGUUCAGAUAAAUAAUAAUAGGCUGUAUUGGACCAUGGAUUUUCGCAUAAUAUUGUUAUGGAUGUUCGCUGUCAUAGCACAAAGCUACGCUCAACAAUGUGUUCUCAAGUACGAUCCGGAAUGCUGUAAAUACAACAUUUUCUGCAAGGACUUCUUAAACAUCGAUAGACGGUGGGACAACUUCCAGCACAAUAUUUAUGGACAGAGUCCAGACCAACCGAUAAACACUGAAGAAUGCUCCAAGACCAUAAACUACAUGGGAUAUCACAUCGAUCGAAUUUUCCUCACGUACAAAGUAACACAAAGUGAACAAUCAUUGCUGCCUACAAUAGUCCCUGAAUCCAGUCCUUGGAACCGACGGCGAGACGAUGGCGUACUAGAUGUAAUAUAUUCCUUAGACCUUAGUGACAACAAUUAUCAAAUUACCCCAGUAUUAAAAACCAUGCAAAAUCUCGUCACAGUGAAUUUGUCGAGGAACCAGAUAAGUACGGCUUCCCUAUCAAAUAGUAACGCAUUGCAAGCGUUAACCGAAAUAGAUUUAUCUUUUAACAGAAUCAGUAACAUUACUGUUAGCAGCUAUCAAACACCGUAUACCAAAAUAAAGACACUCAACAUGUCCCAUAACUACUUAGUGAAAAUUCCUGAUGCAGUUUUUGACAAAAUUGACGACUUACAGACUUUGGACUUGUCGCAUAACUACAUUGAGGGAUUCAGUCCUUUUACUUUCGAAGGCACAAGGAGCUUGGUGCACCUCAACUUAUCCCAUAAUAGACUAACUGACAUCAAUUCUUCGCUCUUCAGAUUUAGCGAACUUAAAACUUUAAGCCUAAGUGGCAACAGAAUCAAAGAAGUAAAAAUAACCGAUUUCGAAAAGUUAAAUAAUCUAGAAUAUCUUGAUCUAAGUUCUAAUUCCAUAAAAACGAUUAACUAUAACGUAUUUCACAAUAUGGUGUUGUUGCAAAAGUUAGAUUUAAGUAACAAUGUACUGGAAAAUUUAAACAAAGAUGCAUUUGAGAAUUUGCAAUCAUUAACAAGCAUAGACUUGUCGCGGAAUAAAUUGAGACAGUUGCCUAAAGACUUAUUCAAAAACAGAUCUAUUUACAACUUUUCAGUGAGCGAUAACUUUAUCGAAGGGUCAUUAACCAAAGGUACUUUUGAAGGUGUCAAUGUUUCAACUUUAGACUUAAGCUUCCAAGAACUGGCGACAGUAGAAGAUUAUGCCUUUAACCAAAUGGUCAGGCUCGAAACUUUGGCGCUCAAUAAUAAUGGAAUCUAUUUGUUAUCAAAUAUGUGUUUCAGGACAUUGACCAAUUUGCUAUCAUUGGACUUGUCUUUUAACAAAAUAUCCAGUAUAGAUUUCGAUAAAACUGACCUUAUACGUCUCGAUUCUUUGUUUUUAAGAAAUAAUCGGUUAGUACAAAUAAAACACGAGAAUUUUCAGCAUUUAACUAGUCUUCAGUUCUUGGAUCUGUCUGGCAAUUCCAUUUCCCAAUUAGAAGCCAAUUCUUUUAAAUCCUUACGGAGUUUGAUAAAUUUGAAAAUAUCUGCUAAUCCUUUUACAGGUACUUUAAAAACUGGAACAUUUGAUGGUUUAGUCUCAUUACCUAGUCUUGACAUAUCACGUAAUUUACUGACAACUAUCCAGAACGCAUCGUUCAAUGAUAUGACCGAAUUGAAAAACUUAAACAUGUCUCGGAGUAAAAUAAAAGAAUUGCAAUUUAAUGUUUUUGUGAACACUGGUUAUGUAGAAACUCUCGACUUGUCGUUCAAUGAAUUAGAUAACUUCUGCGUGAACUUGACUGAAUUAGUCGGAUUAAGCAUUCUACUUUUGAAUAAUAAUUUAAUUAAAACUAUUUCUUCAACUUCUUUACACGGGCUGUCGCGGUUGACUGAAAUCAAUUUAGCUUAUAAUUCCAUGGAAAAUAUCCAAAAUGAUUCAUUUAAAAGCCUAAUUGACUUAAGGAACUUAGACCUUUCUUACAACGAAAAACUAAAAUUCACAGAAGAUCUUAUAAAUAACACGGAAAAUUUAAAUACUUUGAAUUUAUCAGGGAUCAAAACUAACAUUAAUUUUACGCGUUCUAAGGAUUCAAACAUACAAGUUGUCUUUAUAUCAGAUGCGGGACUAAGUAACAUUACCAAAUUAAAUCUGAGUACAUUAACUCAUUUAGAUCGAUUAUCUCUUAGAAAUAAUAGUGUCACUAGGUUAGAGAUAGGAGCGCUAUCAGGUAUAAAUAAACUCACCUAUUUGGAUUUAAGUUAUAACAAACUAUCUUACAUUCAACCUGGAGCAUUCAAAGACAAUGAAGUCUUGUUCCAUUUGAAUAUAUCUCACAAUUGCUUAUCAGUUGUUGGCUAUGGAAUUUUCCGUGGCCUUAUUUAUUUGAAUACUCUUGAUAUGUCAUUUAAUAGCAUAAAAGAAUUGCAAAGUGAAAGGUUUUAUGAAGUGAAAAGUUUGACGCAAUUAAUAGUAGAUCAUAAUAAAAUUGAAUCAAUCAAUGUUGAGGAGUUUGCUGGUACUAGCUUAUCAAAGCUAAGUAUAGGUGAGAAUCCUCUACCGUGUCGCCUUUUAGUUAGACUUAAAAAACGAGGAGUUCCUUUUGAAAUAACAGCAAUAAAACUAGACGAACAUACUGGUGAGAAUAUUGAUGGGGUUACUUGUAACAAGGAAGUAGAGCGAUCAAUAUUCGAACCAACAGUAAAAUUUGAUAACUCCAGUGAGAAAAACGAGAUACUUAUAGAUAUGAGAAAUAUUUUAUACAAUAUCAGUAAUAAGAGUGUUCCACAAAAUGAUAAUAGUAAAUAUUUUGAUAAUAUAACGAGUGUAAUUGAAAAAAGCAAUAAGAUUAAUAACGAAAACCUAUCGAAACUAGCUAACUUAACAUUCAAAGUAAUUGAAUUAGACACCGAUACAAAUAUAUUGCUUAAAAAAAUUUUACAUUCGUUACAAGACAACGUUGAGAAGAAUAUUGUUGCGCCUACAACAACAGCGCCAAUACUGCAUGUAAACAGCAGUAUUGAAUUCAUUCCAUACAUAGAUAAUGUCAAAAAGCUGUUAGAAAAAACAAUAGCAGAUGAAAAACAAAACAUUCUUAAUGAAAUGGAAAGAAAACUUUCUUUAGUUACCCAUUCUACAGAAUCUAUAGGUAUAACUGCGAGCCCUGGUACCGAAAAAUUGGUUUCAAACAAUGAAGGGACUAACUCGAUAUUUACUGAAACUUGUGUAGCCUUAAUAUUGAUAAUAUUAGUUUGUUUUAUUUUGUACAAGUUUUAUAAAUCUAGAAUGUUUGUAAGGAGUCGAAUGUCGUAUAGUACUCGGGAGUUACCCGGGGCUAUGGAUAAUUCUACUCUGUAAUUUCUGUAUGGGACUUAUAAUCAUAAUUAGCCCUUGGAGGCCAAUCAUCAUCAUCAGCAUUCUCUGUCCAUAAGUGUUUAUUGCUAAGCAAAUACUCCUUCUCACACAGCGGUGGAGAAUUACUCACCACGCCUGCUCAAGGCGGAAUGUCGAUUUCAAACUUAUACGAGCUCAAUCACUACACUGUAGACUCUACACUACAGAGUGUAGAGGGCAUUAAUGACCACAAUGUAAUAUAUUGAA